AUGAAGCUGUACUGCCUGUCCGGACACCCAACGCUGCCAUGCAACGUCCUCAAGUUCAAAUCGACCACCAUUAUGCUCGACUGUGGGCUGGAUAUGACCUCGACGCUCAACUUUCUCCCCCUGCCUUUGGUCCAGAGUCCAAGGCUAUCUAAGCUCCCUGGUUGGAUCUUAAAAGAUGGGAGCACUUUCCUAGACAAGGAGCUGAAGGACUGUGCCGGCCGGGCGUUUGUGGAUUCCGUUCCAGAGUUCUGCUUGCCGGAGAUGGAGCUGAUUGACCUGUCGACGGUGGACGUUAUCCUGAUCUCAAACUACCACUGCAUGAUGUCCUUGCCCUACAUUACGGAGCACACCGGCUUCACCGGAACCGUCUACGCCACCGAGCCGACGGUUCAAAUCGGCAGGCUUCUGAUGGAGGAGCUGGUCAACUUCAUUGAGCGGGUGCCCAAGGCUCAGUCUGCCUCCAUGUGGAAGAAUAAGGAAGUGCAAAGGCUGCUUCCCACCCCUCUGAAAGACGCGGUCGAAGUCGCCACGUGGAGAAGGUGCUACAAUAUGCAGGAAGUGAACUCGGCGCUCAGUAAGAUCCAGCUGGUGGGGUAUUCCCAGAAAAUAGAGCUGUUCGGUGCAGUCCAGGUCUCCCCUCUCAGUUCCGGUUAUGCCCUUGGCAGCUCCAACUGGAUCAUCCAGUCGCAUUACGAGAAGGUUUCCUACGUCUCGGGGUCCUCGCUCCUCACGACGCACCCACAGCCCAUGGACCAAGCUUCCCUGAAAAACAGCGAUGUCCUCAUCCUGACCGGCCUCACCCAGAUCCCCACCGCAAAUCCCGACGGCAUGGUGGGAGAAUUCUGCAGUAACCUUGCUAUGACCGUCCGGAACGGGGGGAACGUCCUGGUCCCCUGCUACCCGUCCGGCGUGAUCUACGACCUUCUCGAGUGCCUGUACCAGUACAUCGACUCGGCCGGCCUCUCCAACGUCCCCUUCUACUUCAUCUCGCCGGUGGCAAACAGCUCCCUCGAGUUCUCCCAGAUCUUUGCCGAGUGGCUGUGUCACAAUAAGCAGACGAAGGUGUACCUGCCAGAACCACCCUUCCCUCAUGCGGAGCUCAUUCAGACCAACAAGCUCAAGCAUUACCCCAGCAUCCACGGAGACUUCAGCAACGACUUCAAGCAGCCCUGCGUGGUCUUCACGGGACACCCCUCGCUCCGUUUUGGCGACGUGGUGCAUUUCAUGGAGCUGUGGGGGAAGUCCAGCCUUAACACCAUUAUAUUUACAGAGCCCGACUUCUCCUAUCUCGAUGCUCUGGCUCCAUACCAGCCGCUGGCUAUGAAAUGCGUUUACUGCCCCAUCGACACCAGGCUGAACUUCAUCCAGGUCUCCAAAUUACUCAAAGAAGUUCAGCCUCUCCACGUUGUUUGUCCAGAGCAGUACACCCAGCCCCCUCCCACCCAGGCCCACCGCACGGACCUGAUGGUCGACUGCCUGCCGCCACCCAUGUCCUACCGCAGAGCCGAGGUACUGACCCUCCCAUUCAAACGCCGCUACGAGAAGAUUGAAAUCACGCCAGAGCUUGCAGAUUCACUGGUGCCCACCGAGAUGAAGCCGGGGAUCUCCUUGGCGACCGUUACGGCUGUUUUGCACACGAAAGACAACAAGCAUGUGCUUCAGCUCCCCCCAAAGCCUCCUCAGCCUCAAGGGGGCAAGAAGAGGAAGCGGGUGGCAGAUGAAGUUCCGGAGCUGAAACCCGUCAAGCCUUUGCUGAGCGGCUCCAUCCCCAUGGACCAGCUGGUGCAGACCCUGGAGAAGCACGGCUUCAGCGACGUGAAGGUGGAGGACACCCCGAAAGGCCACAUCGUGCUCUUCCAGGACGUGGAGACCCUCAUCCGCAUCGAGGAGGACUCCACGCACAUCAUGUGCGAAAGCGACGAGGCGCUCCGGGUGAAGCUCCAGGACCUGGUCCUCAAAUUCCUGCAGAAGUUCUGAGGCCUCGGCCUGCCUCGGAGUCCGGCCGUCCCCGUCCCCCCCCCCCCAGCAGCGGCAGAAAAAGGAAGGGGGCAAUAAAUUGCAUAGUUCUCCAGAGUGUGGUUGCCGGGGCUGCUGUGCCAUUUUAAAAACCAGGAAUAGUUAAACAAGCACAAUUUUUCCACUAUGGUGGCACAACGAUGGAGGCAGCUGUCCCUUAUCCCCCCACCCCAAAUGCCGACAUCACAUCACUGAGGCCUUUUGUAGAAUUCCAGCAGGCUGCUUAGAACACCUCCAUGGUCCCCGGUAGAAGUUUGGGGGAGCGGGGGAGGAGACACAACUUUUUGUAAACAAACAAACAGGAAGUGCUCAUGAACUGCACUUCCUGUUCCAUUCUCCGGAACGUUUAGCAGAACUCUCUUGGACUACAACUCCCAUCAGCCCUAACCAGCAUGGGGGAGUUGUAUACCAAAAUACCUGGCAGGCACCAGCUUGGCAAAAGUUGUAUAAAAGCAUUUUCUCUUCCCAUCCCACCCCCUUUUUUGGGGGAAGGGAGCAGGCCCUGUUAUUUUUAAAUGAAGUAUUUUGCUUUAAGAUUGUUUGUGACGAUGCGUUUUCGCCGCCUGUCAGUUCUCCUUUGUGUUUUCAAGCUUGUAAUACUGAUUGUUUACUCAAAGCAAUGCUUUUUUUUCCUAAAAUAAAACCGAGAGACCCGGU